AUGGGAAGAGGAAGGAAGCUCUUUGACAUAAGAAAUCUGUUUGGAGAGAGCACGGUUUCUGAGUAUGAUAAAGAGGAGGAUGAGGUAUAUAGAGCAAUAGAGAAGAAAAGGAAGAAGAAAAGUGCAGAGGUGGAGGAAAGGAUACUUUCUCGGAAAGAUGUUCUAGUUCUUGAGAAAAUGGAUAUAGAGGAGGUUGUACCCAGGAACCUUCCCUCCACAAAAAGAAAAGUGGAAGCAGUAGCAGAAGCAGAAGACGAGCCUCAGAAAAGCAAUGAUGAGUGGAAAGUUCACGUCCUAAGGAAUUUACUGAGGAAGAACCGCUUGAAUGUGGAUGCUAGGAUCAGGCUAAGCCGGCUCUUAGAGGAGGAUGAGGGUAUGAAAGUAUUGCUUGAAGGCAGAGAUAUCAAGGACAUGGUGCUGUGGAAAGAGAUUAUUGAUAGAUGCUAUUCACCCGAGAUGGUUGACGAGGCACUGGAGGUUACAGACGGAGAUGAAGACUUUUACAUGGGGAUAUUUCUGAAGAGCAAAGAUGUUAAGGUACUGAAGGCUGGUGUUAAAAAGUAUCCUGCGAGUAUUGAGCUUAGGAAAAUGGUGUUUGAGAACCUAGAAACUGGUUUUGAGAAACAGAAGUUUCUCUAUGAUUCUAUAGUUGAGACUAUGGAAGGAGGGCUGGUAGAUAUCUUUAUCGACACGAAUCCAGACAAUCAGCUUGCAAUGUCCCUAUACAAGGAACUUCAGGCCAAAGACAUGUAUUUCGACCAGUUAUCAGCUUACCUAUUAGGAGAGAAAAACGAUUCUGGGUUGAUAGAGGAUAUACUUGGGCUUGGGUUGAAAAGGAUUCUUGAGAUUCUUCGGAAAGGAAAGCAGAGGCUUGAUCUUCCAUCCCGGGUUCUUGACAAGGAUGAUGUUCUUCUGUAUCUUGAGGAGGUAGAGGUGGAGCCAAUGACUAGUCUUCCUCCCGACCUCUGGUCCUUGUUUACCUCGAUGAGCGCCCACAAGCUCCAUGAUGAUGAAACGUUUAUUUCCUGCUAUAACAUUGCAAGGCAGCACUUCCUAGACACAGAGUUCAUAGACAAGUUUUUUGUGAUGGCAACCCGGAGGUAUUUUGUUGAUCUUAUGAAGGCCAAGGAGUGGUGGAAGAUGUUUAGAAUUACUAAGGAGAUUAAAUGUUUCAGGAAAGCGGAAAAGGCUCUACAGGCUGGAAUAAGGCAUUACGGAAAGGAGAAGAAAUUGUUUAUACUUGCUAGAUCGAAGAUUUACUACAUGGCUGGAGACUAUCACAGAAGCUAUUCCAUGAUUCCCGGAAAGAUGAGAACAAUAAAGAGAUAUGUGAUACUGUCCCAGAUAGACCUGGACAAGGCGCUUUCAGAAUUAGAAAAGGAUCUCUUUGACUAUAAGCACUGGCUACUAUAUGCAGAGCUGGCUGAGAAGAAAGGUAUGGAUGCCUGCAGGAUAUACGAGGAAUGUAUGGAAAGAUAUCCUGAGAACUUCAAGGUUGCCGUCGGAUAUCUAAGAUAUUUGAAGAGGAAAGAUAUGGAGAAGGGACUGGAGAUAAGCAAUAAGGUUAUGAAAAGAUUUGUGUCUGAGGAAUGGUUAUGGUUUGAGAGAUUUGUGAUGUUUAGGAAGCUGGGAAAAGCUUCUGUGGCAGUUCUCUACAACUCUCGGAAGCAUGUGAGGUCUGAGCUGAUUGAUUCUGAAAUAAGAUACUAUGAAAACAAGGAUGUUCCAGAAGGGAACAAGUACUCUGGGUAUCAUGCAUAUAAGAAGACAAGAAUCAAGGAGUGCAACAAGGAUGGAAUAUGCAAGGAUUGCCUUGUCGGAAUGAAGGAGUACUAUAAAGAAAGAAUAAUGAGAGAUCAGGACAACGGAGACAACUACAUAUUAUACUGCUGUGUAAAUGGGAAGGCAGACCAAGAGAUUAAAAGGAUGGUUGAGUUUUUUGAUCCACGGGGAGGAGAUUACUGGGUUAGAGUUAGGAAUGUUAUGGACAUUACUAGAAGGCUUGAAGUUGGGUGCCAAAUGGUGAAUUUUGACUUCCUGAGGUAG